GGAAAAAGGAAAGCCAAUAAAUGUGAAUAAAGAAACGACGCGUGCUUUCUUCUCAUUGCUCUUUAAGUCUUCAACCUCCCCUCCACUCCCCCUUAACCCCAACUCUCUCUCUCUCUAUAUAUAUAUAUAUACUCACACAUAUAUACACACAUAUACACACACAACGCCACCACCUCUCUCCCCUCCUCCUCCUCCUCCGCCACCUCAUCUGGAGGUCCAAUUAAAAACACACACUCUCUCAGAGAGUUGUCAACUCAGUUAUCUCUUCAGAAACCAGUUUCCAAGGUGUUUCUAACUCUCGAAGCUUAAUUUUAGAGAGAGAGAGUGUUGUUGGAAGAAAAGAAACAGAGCAUAUUCCGUAUAGAUUUUGAUUGUAUUCUCUCACCUCUGUUUCUGAAUCUAUCCAUCGAUGGCGUCAACUUUGAUCUCCAAUCCCGAAGCGAGCUCCAACAGAUCGCGAGAAUCGAAGCGCAAAAAGAGAAGAAAAAUCGAGACCGAAAAUCAAAUGGAAGAACAAGUCAAGAUCGAACGUACCAGAUGGAAAACAGAAGCCGAGCACCAGAUCUACACUUCGAAGCUCAUCGAAGCCCUCCGUCAAGUCCGCCGGAAUUCUCCUCCUCCUCCUGCGACGUCUUCCGCCGCCGCCGUCGGCGGCCGCAAUAUCCGAGAGACGGCCGACCGAGUCCUGGCGGCAACCGCCAAGGGGAGGACUCGAUGGAGCAGAGCGAUUCUAGCGAGUCCGCUCAGGUUGAAACUCAGCAACAGGCUUAAAAAGCACCGGAAGGUGAAGGUGACCGGCGAUAUCCGGUUGAAGAAACCGGCGGAGAAGAGGAGGUCACCGGCGUUGCAGCAAAAAGUUCGCGUUCUCGGCCGGUUAGUCCCCGGUUGCCAGAAACUGACGUUCCCGAACCUUCUAGAAGAAGUCACCGAUUACAUUGCUGCUUUACAGAUGCAAGUUCGAACCAUGACUGAGCUCACCGGACUUGCUGCCGGCGCUGGAAACAUAGCCGCCCCAUUUGAUCGGCUCAGCUCGAAUCCAUCUUAGGCUCGGCUUAGUUACUUUCUUUACCUUAUUUUUAUUUUUUCUUUUAAUUUCUUAGUAUUAUUUUAAACCCCUUGUUCUUAUUGAGUUUUUAAAUUCACGUAUUUUAUUGUA